AUGGAUAAUGAUCGAGAAACCAAUGAUGACAUGGAAAUAGAGAGUGAUGAUGAUGGAUCGGCAUCAGAUUCUCGAAUACUAGAUAAUGCCAUACACAGGGUAGGAGAAGGAAUGUUAGUGGUACCUGAAGGCAAAUUCUAUCUUGUUGAUGCUGGGUUUGCCAAUCAGAAUGGGUUCUUAAGACCAUUCCGUAAUGUUCGAUAUCAUUUGAAAGAAUGGCGAAACUCUAAUUUGUCAUCAGCUGAUAAGGAGUUGUUUAUUUUGCGACAUUCCUCGUUGCGUAAUUGCAUUGAACGUACGUUCUCGCUCUUGAAGAGAAGAUUCAAGAUACUGAAUAAUCAGCCAGAAUAUCCCUUUAAGACGCAAGUCAAGAUUGUGAAUGCUUGUGUUCUUCUUCACAAUCAUAUUCUGACUCAAAAUACUGUUGAGGAAGAGGAAGCAUUUUUCGAAGCUGAGGAAGAAGAAGAAUCAACUUCUAAAAGUGCAUCCGCAGCAGUAGAAACAGAUGUGGAAUAUGAAGAUGAUGACAAUGAUGUUGGAGGUGUUGGUAAUGUUGACUGGGAUCAAUUCUGA